UGCCCUCGGACGCAGGGGCCGGCCGCCCGCGCCGCGCCCCGGGGAGGCGGAACCGCGGUGCGCCCGGGGCCCCGGCUCAGCCCUUUGCUCUCCAGCUGCAUCCCCCUCUAGGCAGCCCAGGGCGCGCAGCGGCGAUGGGGGCGCUGCGGGCGCUCUGCCUCCUCCUGGGCUGGCUGUGCUGGGGCCCAGCGGGCGCCCAGCAGCCCGGAGAAUACUGCCACGGCUGGGUGGACGUGCAGGGCAACUACCACGAGGGCUUCCAGUGCCCGGAGGACUUCGACACGCUGGACGCCACCAUCUGCUGCGGCUCCUGCGCGCUGCGUUACUGCUGCGCCGCGGCCGACGCCAGGCUGGAGCAGGGCGGCUGCACCAACGACCGCGGCGAGCUGGAGCACCCGGGCAUAACUGCGCAGCCUGUCUAUGUUCCCUUCCUGAUCGUGGGCUCCAUCUUCAUCGCUUUCAUUAUCCUGGGCUCCUUAGUGGCGAUUUACUGCUGCACCUGUUUGAGACCCAAGGAGCCUUCCCAGCAGCCAAUCCGCUUCUCGCUCCGCAGCUAUCAGACAGAGACCCUGCCCAUGAUCUUGACCUCCACGAGCCUCAGGGCACCUUCCAGGCAGUCCAGCACAGCCACCAGCUCCAGCUCCGCAGGGGGCUCCAUCCGCAGGUUCUCCUUCGCCAGGGCGGAGCCAGGCUGCCUGGUGCCCUCACCACCCCCGCCUUACACCACAGGCCACCCAAUCCACCUGACCCAGCCAUCCGGUUUCCUGGUGUCCCCCCAGUACUUCGCUUACCCUCUCCAGCAGGAGCCGCCGCUGCCUGGGAAGAGCUGUCCAGACUUCAGUUCCAGUUGACAGGCCUCAGCCUGAAAUCCAGCGUGUAGUACAAGGGCAGACAGGUGGAGCUCUGCUGCCAGUGCUACAAGUAUUUCUGAGGAAAUUUCCCUGGAACCCGGCAACAUCACGGAGGAAAGUGCUGGGGAAAUGCCACGCCUUCUCGUCCUAAGGUUCCUGUCUCCAAACACAAUGGCUGUGUUAGAUAAUGGGUUACUGGCUUUGAAAACAUGGUGACCACUGCAUUUCAAUUUAUGCUGCUUCUAUUCAAAAUAUGCAGCAGCUUGACUUUAAAGUUGCAAAUUGGCUGAAGAUGUUUUAUUGGACAGCUGGGCUCUAUUUGUAGAAAAGGUCUACACAUUCUCUUUUUCAUUCUAAGUUGUAGUGUGUUAUAUAUAUAUAUAUAACAAAUAUAAACACAAAUAAGCAAGAAAAAUACCUGAUUGUAAUUAAUGAAGGUUCACUUAAAAAAAUUAACUACUAAGUAAACUGAGGGGACAGUGAACAACCUAUUUAUGAUUUUGGGGGGCAAUCUAAUCAUGGAUAAUAUUGGCACAUGAGAACAGUUGUUUUAAAAUUAAUAACUAAAUUUUGUUUAACAUAUAAGACCUUUUUCAGGGUACAAGAUUUCAGUAACCACAUGAGGAGUUUAAAGUUUUAAAUAUUUACUCAGAUAUUCAUUGUAACACAAAUCCUAUAUAAAAGAAUUUCCUCCCCCGAGGGAAUAUUUAUUGCAGGCUUUUUGUUCAGCAACAUUUAGUAUGUAAAUGAAAGUUGGACAGUGGUUCUUAAAACAUUUAUUUGUAAAAUAAGUUAUGUAUAAAUGUAAAGAUUUGUAAUUUAAUGUAUUUACCACACCAAUGGUACUAAUUAUUAGUAGUCACACUGUAAUUUUUUAUGUUAAUAAUAACUGUGGAGUUCAAAGUCCAGCUAUUGUUUAUAAUCAUUUAAUAUUACAUGUCUUAAGUGCCAUUGAAUUCCAUGUCCGAUGACUACAUAUUUGGGCAUAUAUCCUGUUGGGUUAGAAUACAUAAAAUACAUUGUUUUUGUGGAAUCUAUUUGAAGAUUUGGAUCCAAGUGCUUUGUUUUAUCUCCUUAGCGAUAUUUGUUAUUGAAUAAAAGGAAAUGUCUUUACUUCACACUUCAUGUUUUAAAAUGACAAAAGACAGAUUCUGCACUGGUGUUGAAUUGCAUUAAAAAGUUAAUUUCUACAUUGGGGCUCAUGAAAGCAGCAAAGGGAAGUGAAUUUGUAUAGUGGUGUCAGCCUGUGGCUACACGCAGCCCUCAGGAAUGUGUUAUUUGGUUUGUAUAGGUUUAAAAAUUGGGACAUUUCUCUUAAGAAUCUGAAUUUUUGGCUUCUUGUGACACUAGGAAGAUGUGGUACUGAGGGUCCUGUAUUACCUGGGGUCAGGCUGGCUCUUUCCAAAUACCUGCCAUUCGCCAGCCUCCCACCUGGUCUGCUCCUCCUGGCGCAUCUCUUAGUUUUGUUACCUACCUGACCCCCACAGGUGUUGUUCAGGAACCCAGGUCUAUAUAAAUACACAUUAUCACAUGUCAUGCACAAGAGCACUUUUCAAAUACGCUACAUAAAGGUAGAAUGCUGCCCCAAGAGAGUUUGGUCUUGUCUGUUUUCUAGUUGAGAAAACAAGUUUGAAGAUACUGUGUGUUUGCCUGGUCUAAUGGCAGGGGAACUCUCACUUCCAGUCUCCUGCUUUGUCCUGAAACUGAACGUGGCCUGACUUCCAGGUACCCCAAACUAGCCCAAAUGCUUAAGAGAUGAAAGAAAGGAAGGGAGGGAGGGAGGACUGGAAAAAGCCUGAAUGUGAAAGGAUAAACAUUUGUGAGCAUUCUCUGGACCACACUCCUACAUCACAAGACUGGUUUUACUCACGUUUGUUACAUACUCUUUUGAUAUUUUAAAGGUAAUCUUUAAUAAACUAUUCUAAAUAUUUA